ACAAUAUUAAAGAUACACAUCUAACAAGAAAACAAAAAGUCUCCAGAAAGAAAGAAACAGAGUUACAGACACAGACAGUUCAUAACUACUCCAUUCAAACCCAAACUCCUAUAAAAUUUUUAGUCUCACAAAGCACAACCACAUUCACAAACCUCUCAGGCUUUGACCUAUUUUGAGUUUCAGAGUCAGGGAGAUAGAUAUGGGGACGUAUAGGAUUUGUAUGUGUUUUAAGAGGAAAUACAAGGUGAAAGAGACAGGUCCACCACAAGAAGUGAAGGAAGCUUUUAAGAAGUACACAGAAGGUGGGAACCAGAUGACGGUGGAGCAGCUGACUCGCUUCUUGGUUGAGUUUCAAGGCGAGAGUGGCGCAUCCACCUCAGACGCCGGCCAGAUUGUAGAGCAGCUCUUGCAAAAGCGCUACCCUGUUGGCACCAAGUACACCAAGAAAUACACUCUCACCCUUGAUGAUCUUAACCGUUACUUGUUCUCUCCUGACCUUAAUCCCCCUAUUGGAGAUCAGGUUUACCAGGAUAUGACUGCCCCAUUGUCUCAUUAUUUCACCUAUACUGGUCAUAAUUCAUACCUGACUGGUAACCAAAUCAAUAGCGACUGUAGUGUUGUCCCAAUAAUAAAGGCAUUGAAGAGAGGUGUAAGAGUAGUGGAGCUUGAUAUCUGGCCAAGUGAUGACACGACUCAUGGUGUUCAUGUUUACCACGGAUGGACCCUGACUACUCCAGUGGAAAUUAUUGAAUGCUUGAAAUCCAUUAGAGAGCAUGCCUUUUCUGCAUCACCAUACCCUGUCAUAAUCACUCUUGAAGACCACCUUACCCCAGAUCUCCAGGCUAAAGUAGCCCAGCUGAUCACGCAAACAUUUGAAGAUAUGUUGUUUUAUCCUCAACCUGAACGUUUAAAAGAGUUCCAUUCGCCAGAAGAACUGAAAUAUCGGAUUAUUAUUUCAACCAAACCUCCAAAGGAAUACCUGAAAGCUAAAAGUGAAAAGGGAAAUAAGCCACAUGAAGAAAAUGAUUCUGAUGAAGAUGCUUGGGCUAAGGCACCAUCAGACCUCACAACUGAUCAAGAAGUUGUUACGAGUGGUAGUGAUUCAAGUCCUGAUGAGGAUAAUGAUGACUGUGAAUCACGUCUACCAGGAGUAUGUACAUACAAGAGUUUAAUUGCUAUUCAUGCUGGAAAACCCAAGGGUGGUCUAAAGGAGGCAUUAAAAGUUGAACUUGAGAAAGUUAGACGCCUUAGUUUGAGUGAACAAGCACUUGAAAAGGCUACUUCAUCUCAUGGAACGGAUGUUAUUAGAUUUACUCAAAGAAAUAUCUUAAGGGUGUACCCAAAGGGUACUCGCCUUAACUCCUCCAACUACAACCCGCUAAUUGGUUGGAUGCAUGGAGCUCAAAUGGUUGCAUUUAAUAUGCAGGGAUAUGGUAAAUAUCUUUGGUUGAUGCAUGGGAUGUUUAGAUCCAAUGGAGGUUGUGGUUAUGUGAAGAAGCCUGAUUUUUUAAUGAAAUUGGGUCCAGAUAAUUCAGUGUUUGAUCCCAAAGCAAAAUUGCAAGUGAAGAAGACUUUAAAGGUGAAGGUUUAUAUGGGAGACGGGUGGCAUUCGGAUUUUUCACAAAGACACUUUGAUUCGUUUUCACCCCCAGAUUUUUACACGAGGGUUGGCAUAGCAGGAGUGCCAGCCGAUAAGGUAAUGAAGGAAACAAAGACAAAACAAGAUGAUUGGUCUCCUGUUUGGGAUGAAGAAUUUAUAUUUCCAUUGACUGUUCCCGAACUAGCUUUGCUUCGAGUUGAAGUUAAUGAGCAUGACAUUUCUAGGAAUGAUGAUUUUGCUGGCCAAAAUUGUUUGCCAGUUUGGGAAUUAAGGCCAGGGAUCCGUGCAAUCCCCCUUUUUAACCGUAAAGGAGAGAAGUACAACUCAGUGAGGCUACUUAUGCGAUUUGAGUUUAUCUGAGCAAGGUUUUCUUUUUUGUGUAUUUACUUUGGUUGAUUUCUCCCACUAUCCAAUGUUUUUUGUUAAUUGUUAUUGUCAUGUAAGUUUUAAUCUCUCUCUCUUUGUGGUGCUUGUAAAGCUGUUAUUCUUAACCACUAUAAUUGAUUUGUGGAUUUAAGCAUCCACUUGAUUUU